AUGGCAGCUCCAUCGUUCGUCUGCGCCAACUGGGACCCUGAGCAUACUGAUUGCCAGAAAACAGGCAAAUCCGCGUGUAAAAAUUGUCGUCUUGUCCUUUACUGCAGUGCAGCAUGUCAAAGAUCUCACUGGUCCCAUCACAAGUCCGAAUGCAAGUCGCCACUGGGAAAAGAAACAUGGCAGCCUGCCUGGGCUCUAGAGAGCCGUAAGCCUGCAUUUACUGGAGAUGAUAUUGGAAAACAUUUCGGGGCGACGAAGUACCUCUGGGGUAACAUCCCUGCAUAUGACGUUCUUCAACUCGAAUCGAAUGAAGGCAAAAAAGCUAUGCCAGAGACCUGCACAUCUUAUUUGCAGUUUCCAACAGCAUCAGGAGAUCUUCGAAAUAUUAUCAUGACCAUCGUCCGACUUCCGAGUAGCUAUAGUCACUCCAUAGAGAUCACCAUGAACGACAGGGAUUUGGACAUCGUGGCUCGAAAUAUUAUUAUGCUUCUUAUCGCUCUAACCCUCGAGGAAGUUGAUGAGGCAGUCGACUGUAUCAUUCACGUCUGGUACUCAGCUCUUGUACGUCAGUCAGAUAUCGAAAUUUUUCAGGGCCGCAUUCGUCCUCUUAUUGAAGAUGUUUGCAAAAAGAUCAAAGACAAGACAUCCGGAAAGCUCCUAGGAAAAACUUGGAAAUUUGGGCAGCGCUCUCUCAGAGUUGUACUUGAGAAAUCAUCAUGGGACAGCCUUUUGUCUUUCUUCCACAAGCCAGCUGCCUUGACAACGAAACGAGCGCAUGAUAUCCGCGCAGAAAUUACCCUCGCUGAGUCACGGAUAGACUAUCGUGAUCGGCAUAUGUAUCGCCUGCAGGCUCUCGAGAGAAUAGCUUUCAACAAGUUUCGACAGGACGGGCUCCUGCUUCCAUUUGGAUACCCGCGAUCUGAGUUCUGCGAGCCAAACCCGACGUUUUUCCAAACUGAUACUUGGCCAAUGAAAGACAGUGCAGACCCUCUGGAGCGAUGGCCUUCAGAGGACGUCGCAAAUACUUCUAGUGGCUUUGCAACUGCUGACAUUUACGGCAAGCUUUUUUACUAUAUUCGCGGGCUGCUUCGGUCUUUUCUUGAUCGACUAUCAGGCUCGACGAUUUCUUUCAAAAUGUUUCAGCUUGAUGUCAUGUCCCUCGAUGAACAUCUUGCCAGUGAUACCUUUAACAGAGUCGAGGUGUCAAACAUCUCAGAUGCCGGGUACGUGGGAAUAUACCGCACGCUAGCAUGGAUGAUUCCCCUACUUCAACCUCCUACCGAAAACCCAUAUGCGACCCUAAUAACUCUAUUCAUGAACGCUGUUGCCGAGGUCUCAACCUCAAACAACAAAGAAAUUGCUCAAAUAUCUUCCUCCAAAAGAAAGCCAAGUUCCCCUUACGAUCCCGUCCUCGUAAAAUUUAGUCUUGGCCUAGAUCUUGUUACGACGUAUAACCACAUCUUAGACAGGUACUUGCUAAAUUACAAGUUCCGUGAGGCUGCUGAGCACUUCGGUGCGACAAUGAAGGAAAAGCAUACUAUCAUUGAUAAGUGGCCCUACAGAUUGAAGCUGUGGCCUGGUCAGGCAAGGGCGCAAGAUGAGUUUGACCGACUCCUUAGCAGAGGAACUUCAGGACAAGAACGCUACAUAGAAUGGAAAAGAGCUAAUUUGGGCAUGCCUUAA